AUGGGAGACAUACUUGACCAGCACCAAAUUCCUGAGGGACUUUGCACCUCCGGGGUGCACAAGUUUAGGUGCCAAAAGCCUUACGAGGACAAAACACUCAAAAUCCCCAACACUGGUACUGCAGAUAGACUGCAGAGUCUUAGAGCUAUUAUAAAGACCACAUCCAGUAGGAAGACCCUAGACCCCUUAAAGGAGUGGAAAGAGAUCAAGGAAGGACAAGUUCCACUUCCUCCAGAGGUUCCUGACUGCAGGAGUAACCCACUGAGCAGGGAUCCCAGACCAUCUGCCUUACCUCCUGCCACCAGAAAAAGAGUGGCCUCAACUUCUGUGCACAGACCUGGGAAGGUGCAAAGAAGCCUGGAUAUUUCUACUGUGUUUGAAGAAUUUAUGGACUUCGAUCACUGGAGCACCAGAGUAUCUGCAACAUCUCCAAGACCCUGUGCUGGAGAUGCUAGUGAAAAGGUCAACGAGGAUGAUACAGUUCCUGGGCUGUCUUCUGCUAACUCUUCCACUGACCAACGUGGACUGGUAAUUUCCCCACGUUUUCAAGGGUCCCUGCAAUUUUCCUCCCCUACUCAAGGAGCUCUGGGAUCUUCCACUUCUUCCCAAGAUGCUCAGGGAGUAUCCCUAUCCACCCAAAAGGUUCUGGGAGGAACCCAGUGUGAUCAAGGGUCUAUGGGGCAUUUCAUAUCUUCCCAGGCAUCCCAGAAACUCCCCCCUUGUGAUGAAAGGAAAAUCAAAAAUGACUCUCUUUCCGGAAGGGGUUUCAGAAGUCCAUCCUCUAGCAAAGGGGUCAUCAAUCAUUCCAAUUCUCCACCAAAGCGUUUUAGACAAGCCCCUUCUGAUCAAGGGGGCCUACAUCAGGCCCCAUUAGGCAAAGACAGUUCCAAAUGUUUUUCUCCAAAAGGGGUGCUCAGUGAUUUCUCAUUUUCCCAAAAUGGAAUAUGUCCUACCCCCUCUUCCCAGGGGAGUUUAACACCUUUGACAUCUGCCAAAGAUGGCUGGAGAGCUAUACCCUCUCAUGAAGAGAGCCAAGGCUAUUUUCCCCUUCCCCAGAACGACCCUAAGCAAUCCAUAGCUGCUGAAGUGAGCUUGAGUCCUGCCUCCUCUGACCAAGGGAAUUUUAUAACUUCCCCAUUAAAGAAAGAGGGUUUUAAAUAUCCUCCACCAGAAAAUGGGCUUGGGUCUUCUCUUACAGCACAGGGGGAACCAAGCCCUAUCACUACUCCCCAAGUGAGCCUCAUACCACUCAUGCCUACCCAAGCAAAAACAAAAUUAUCUACAUCUACAUCAGGGAUUCAAGAACCUUUGCCAUCUUCAGAAAGGGCCCUAGAGAGUCCCACAUGUCUACAAGAGAUGCUAGGAACUCCCAAGUCUACCCAAGGGACCCUUCUAUCCUCUCAACAUACACGAAGGGCCUUAACACCUGCAUCAACUUCCCUACGGGUUCUAAGUCCUUCCAUAUCUGUCAAGAGGACUACAGAAUUGUCUACAUCUAGAGAAGAGGGUCAAAGACCUAUUCUCUCUCAUGAAGAGAAAUUCAAACCUUAUCCAGAUAUGAAAAUGAACACUGGAUAUUGCCACUAUAGCAAAAAGAGAAGGACAGAUCCUCCUUCUGAGCAAGGUGGAUUCCCAGUGUCCGUAUCAUAUCAAGAGAGCUUUAAAUAUACCCUGCCAACUAAAAAGGCCCUUCUGAUUCGUCAUCAGAAACAAAACAGCCAAAGAUAUGCCAAGAGAGUUCAAGUGAGCCAUGCAAGCUCCACAACUACCCAGGGGGCUAAGACAAUACAGCCUUCCCUUUUUCCCCAGGGGUCUCUAGGACUUUCCACAUAUGUAGGAGAGGCUCUUGAAAUUUCUACAUAUACACCAGGAUUACCAGGUCAUUUACAACCUGUCCAACACUUUUUGGGUUCUACCAUAUGUGAUAGAGGGACGGUGGGACAGGAUACAUCUGCAGAAGAGGUUCCAGACUCAUCCCAAUCCUUAGAAAUGGCUCUUGGAUGUGACACAUGUACACAACAAUUUGUAGCAAAUUUCACGUUGAAAGAAGGGGAUUCCUUAGAUUCUACCUGCCCACAAACAGCCACAGGACCUCUCUACUCUUCACAGGAAGCUGUGGAAAUUUCUCCAUCUCCUCAAGGGUAUCAGCAAUCUGUCAUAACUACCCAAGAGGCUAUAGGCCAUUCCCCAUCUUCACAAAGGGAUGUUAGUCUUUCCACAUGCCCACAAGUGACUCCAGAACAUCUAACAAAUACCCCAAAGGUUCUGAAUUCCACCUUAUCUUCCCAAGGGCCCUUGGAACCUGUUUUGUCCAUCCAACUGUCUCUAGAACCUAACGUCUCUAUACAAAAGGCUUUAUCAUUUUCUUCACCUGAAGAAAGUAUUCCUGAAACUUCCACAGUUACACAAGGAGCUCCAGUAACUUCCUUAGCUGCCCAUGAGGAUUUUAGACCUACUACAUAUGCACAGGAAACUUUAGGGGAUACCACACCUACACAGGUUCUAGAAACUUCCCCUCAUUCUGAAGCUGUAGUAAAAAAACACACAUGUACACCUGACACAGUAGCACCUUCCCCUUCUGAGCAAGAGGCCCUAGGAUCUACCAUAUCUGGAGAAGGAACUUUACAAUCUUCCCCAUCUACACAAGAGAGUUUCAUGCAUAUCUCUUCUCAGAAGGGAAAUAUUAAACAUCCUCCCUCUACCCAAGUAUACUCUGGACAUUCCAUUUCUACCAAAAAGAGGUUGAGAGAUGAUCCUUCUGAUGAAGGGGACUUCGGAACUUCCUCAUUUGAGGAAGGCAGUUUCAUAUUUUUCCAUUCCUCAAAACGGGUAUAUGCAUCUUCUACUGCUCUGAAAGAAACAUUGAUCACUACAAGUACUCCUCAGGUAAGUCCUAUGCCUUCUAUAUCUGUCCAAAAGACCCUGCAAUGUUCCUCAUCUGAACAAAAAACUGUGGAACCUUGCCAUUCUAACCAAGGGCCUCAUGGACAUUCCAUAUCUUCCCAAGAGGCUCAAGGCCCUUCUCUGUCUGUCCCAAAGGGUCUAUGCCAUUUACCAUCUGUCCCAGGCCUUCAGGGACAUUAUCCAUCUCUGUCAAAGGCUCCAGAAAAUUCUACUUAUACCCAAGGGGAUCUGUCAAUUUCCAAAUCUGACUUGGGAGCCUUGAAAUCUUCCUUAUCUGCCAAAAGGUCUAAGGGAAAGGCCAAAUGUAAACAAAAACAUCUUGGACCUUUGCCAUUAGCACAAGAGGACCGGACACCCCCUAUGUCCUCGAAACCAUCUAAAGAUCCUUAUGCUUCCUUCUGCCUUCUUGCUGCAGAACAUUUUCCAUCUCCCCCAGGUUCUCCAGUACCAUCAACAUCUAAGCAGUGGUAUCUAGGAGCUUCACUAUCUUGCCAAGGGUUUCUUGGACAUUCACCAUCUGCCCCAGGGGCCCUGUGUUGUUUCCAGGCUGCUCAGGGAGCAAAAGAACUUUUGUCAUCUGCUCAAGGGCCUCAGGAAAGUUUUCUACCUUCAUUAAGUUAUUCAGAACAUUUGCCCAACCUCCCAGGAGAUCGAGAAGAUUCUUUACUAGAACAAGGGAUUUUAGAAAAGGUCUUUCCUGCUCAGGGCUCUCUGGAAACUUUAUGCUCACCUGGGGUGUCUUUGCAAAGGCCCUUGUUGUCCCUACAAAGGCCUCUGGAUCUUUUAAUACCUACUCAGGAGAGUGCUGGUACUUUGCCAUCUACCCCAAAGGCUCCGGGAUCUCUAUUAUCUUUAUCAAGCAAAGUAGGAACUUCCCAAUCUGCACAAGGAUUGCAAAGAUUUCUACCAUCUACACAUGAAUAUCUGGAAAAUUCCUCUUCAGUCUUUGUGCCUCUUGAGCACUUACCAGUGGCUCCAAAGACUUGGGGACUUUCAACUCUGUUUCAGGAAACUUCUUCCCCAUUGUUGUCUAUUCAUGGAAUUCUAGAAUUACCUCAAAAUGGCUCAGUGGCCCUACCAUCAAUGCCAUAUGUACAAGGGCUUCAGGGAAGUCUCUCAUCCUCAGAAGGUAGCAUAGCACCUGUGCUCUCAGUCCAGGGGUCUGUGGGACUUUCCCUAUCUGCACAAGAGCCUAUAGAAAUUUCCAAGUCUACAAAAGCAACUCCAGGGCAUUCUCUGCUUGUUCUAGAUGAUAUGUCACCUUUUAUGUCUUUCCAGGGGACACUAGGACCAUUGUCCUCUGUGGAAGUGGAUGUGGGGACAUAUUCACACAACACAGGAUCUCCAGGACAAUUGAAAAAUAUCCUAGAAUAUAUGAUAACUGAUCAAGAUUCUGUUGUAAUUUCCUCACCUGCACAAGGCACUCUCAGACAUUUGCCAUCUGCUCAAGGGGAUGUGGGACUUCCCCUGUUUGCCCAACAAGCUCCAGAACUGUCCACAUGGGAACAAGGGUCUAUACAACAUGUGGAAGCAGCAAAAGUGGCUCUGGUAAACCCAUCAUCUCCCAAAGGGGCUACUGGGCAUUUUCAGUGUGCCCAAUAUACUUUAGAACAUUUGCCACCUAGCAAAGGAUCUCUUACAUAUUCUUCAACCCAUCAGGGGACUCAAGGAAGUUUGAAAUCUUCCCAAGAGGCUCUUGAAAUUUUGUCAUCUAACUCUGAACAUGUCAAAAAUUCUCUUUCUGUCACAGGUGGUCUGGAAUCCUCUCCACCUGGUCCAAGGGUUCUUGGACAUAUGCUAGCUGACAAACAGCCUGAACAACUUUCUCUAUCUACACAGGGGUCUCUGGGUAAUUCACUAUCUACUCAAGAGGCUCAAGAACAUUUAACACUUUCAAUGGGAAAUUUGAAACCUUGCCAAUCUACCAAGGAAGAACUAAAAACUUUGAUACCUUCACAAAUUAUUCUGGAAAGUGCUCCAAGUAUUUCAGAGGAUCUAGGAGCUUUAUCAUCUGCUCUAGAGCAUAUGGGACUUUCCUCAUUAGUAAACGAGUCACCAGAGAACUCCCAAUAUGCUGAAAGUGUUGUGGAAUCUUCUUCUGCCACUGGAUCUCUAAGACCUACAUUAUUUGCCCAACGGUCUUUGGAAAAUUCUUUACCUGGAAAAGGGAUUAGGGAAACAUUAUCAUCUUCCCAAGGUGCUUUGGAAAUAUUCUCACCCACAAAAGGGAGGGUUGAAAAUGUAUCAUCUCCUGAAAAGUCAAUGAAACCUCCUACUUCUUUACAGGAGGUUUCAAGACCUUCUCCAUUGAUCCAAGGCCCUCACCAACACCCACUAUCUUCCCAAGGGCCUCUAGGACCUUACCAAACUGACUCUGUCAUUCAACGACCUUUAUUAACUCCAGAGGCUGGAGGAAAUUUAUCAAGGGAACUGGGUUCUUGGAAAUCUUGCCCAUUGACCCCAGAAACUCUAGAUCACUUGCAAUCUACUGAAAGACCUGAUGAUCUGUCCAUAUCAGCACAUGGAAUGUUUGAUCCUUUACCAUCUACCCAAGGGACUCUGGGACUUUCGGUAUAUUCUCCAGGGCUCAUGGAACUAUCAGAAUCAGAACAUAAGAAACUUGGGCCUGUGUCAUAUGUUGGGAAAGAUGGAGAAAUUUCUCCAUUUGAGAAACCAGCUAAAUCAACUUCCCCUUCGACUCCAUAUUUACCUUUCAUCACAGAGUUUUUGGAAUCUUCCUCAUGUGGUCUGGGAUCUCUGGGGUCUCUGUCAUUUUCCAGAGAAGAUGCAAAAGGCACUCCCUCUGCACCACAUGCACAGGAACCUUCUUCAUCUACUUCACAGGCCUUAGAACAUUCUGUAACUACACAAGGGCCUCUGCAAAUUAACACACUUGAUGAACAGACUCUGUGCUUUUUGCCAUCUACAGUAGAGGAUAUAGAACACUCCACUUUUUCUCCAGGGUUUCCAAUAGGAUCCCAAAUUCUCCCAAAUGUUCUUGACCAUCUUUCCAGUAUAGGAGAGUCUGAGGAAUUUUCUCUCUCUGCUCCAGUAACUAAAGACAUCCCCUUACUUCCUCCAGAGCCUUUAGAACAUUCCUUCCUACAAAAUGCAACUCAAGCCACUCCCCCUUGUCUUCAAGAGGUAGUGGGAUCUUUGAUAUCUGAACAAGGGUCUUUAGGAUGGUCUCCAUCUGCUCAUGGUUCUCUGGAACCAUUGGCAUCUACACUAGGAGCUGAGGGACCUUCCCUAUCUGAAGCAGAUAUUAUACAGUUAUCUGCAUCUGAACCAGUGACCAAAGCAAAUUUGACAUCUUCCCUUGGGCCUUCAGCAUCUAAAUAUUAUGACCAGAUGAAGGUGCCAUCUCUCCAUGGAGAUCUUGAAGCUUCUCAGUCUUAUCAAAGGAUUCUGGAAAUGACCAAGUUUGCAGAAGGGGCUCUAGAAAAUUUAUCAGUUGCUCAAAGAACUACAAAACUUUCAACUUGUUCCCAGGAGGCUAAUAAAUCUUCUCUAUCUGAUCAAGGUAAUCUAUUACAUUUGCCACGUGUCAAAGUGGCUUUGAUACCUGCUCUGUCUGAUCAGGAAACUGAAGAAUCAUUGUUAUCCCCCUCAGAAGAUACACAACACCCACCAUCUUCAGUUAGUGCUCAGAUUCAGGAACCUUCUCUAUCUACCCCAGGGCCUCAAGAGCCUCUGAAACUUUCCAUAUCUGUCUGUGACUCUCUGUGUUCUUUUCUAUCUUCCCUAGAGUUGGAGACUAUAGAGCUUUCCACAUCAUCUCCUGAGUGUCUGGAACUAUCACAAUCUGCACAAGGGGAACCAGAAUAUUUUUCAACUGUAGGAAAGACUAUAGACCAUUCUUCAACAGCCUCACAAACUACAAGAAAAUUGUCUUCACCCCAGGGGUGUGGAGGUCAUUUAUCAUCUGCCCCAAGUGUUCAGGAACUUUUCCAAUCUGGCCCAGUGAAUCUAGCAACUUUGCUUUCUUCCCAAGGGCCUCAGAAACCCUUUAAAUUGACUCAAGGGUUGUUGCAUCCUUCAGCAUCUGCCCAAGAGUCUCAAGGACCUUCUGAAUCUUCCCAAGAUGUUGUGGGAACUCAUGAAUCCUCCAAUAGGAUUCAUGAAUAUUUUUUACCUGUGGAAACUUUUACAUCAGUUUCAGGGACUAAGGUAACUUCACCAUCUGCUCCACAAACUCUGGAAAUUUCUUCAUUACUACAUGUGACUCGAGCAACUUCUCUAACUGACCAAAGGGUAGUGGGACCUAGACCACCUUCACAAAGAGCUCUAGAAGUGUUGUCAUUGGCAGAAGGGACCCGAAAAACUUUGGCAUCUUCCCAAGGAGAUGGGAGAAAUUCUCAGUUAGAAAAAGAUACUGUGGAGCAGUCUUUUUCAGUACAGGGCAUUUUAGGAUCAUUGCCAUGUACAACAGGAGUUCUACGAUCUACUCCAUAUGCCCAUAAACUACCAGAAAUAUUGACAUCUACCUCAAAGGACUACCUGUCUCUUAAAGGCUUUUUGGUACUGCCCAUAUCUGCAAAUAGGACUCUUGAGAAUUUGCAAUCUGAUCAUGAACUUACAAAACAUUCCAAUUCUUUUCAGGAAGCUUCUAGACAUUCUCUGUUUAUACAAGAUCCUCUGCAAGAUUCACCAUCUGCUUCAGAGACUCUGGGACCAUCUUCUAACCAAGGAAUUAAAAAGUCUUUGUUGUCUUCACCAGGUGCAAUGAAACCUUCAUCAUCUGCACCAGAUACUAAUAAACCUCUCCAAACUACUCUAAGGAAUCGACCAACUCGCCUAUAUAAUCAAGGGCAUUGGGAAAAUUCUAUGUCUCUCCAGGGUACACUGGGUUCUUUUUCAUCCAGAUCAGCAUCUGUAGAAUGUUCAGCAUCUUCCUCAUUGAUUUUGGGGUCACCAGCAUCUUUCCAAAGUAAACUAGAACACUUGUUUUGCACAGAUACAUCACCAUCUUUCCAAGGGCCUACAGAGCCUUUGUCAUUUCCUUCUUGGACUACAGGACAUUUACAACAUGGCACAAGAUCUCAUGAAUCUUCUUUAUCAGCAUCCAAAGAUCUAGCACAUUUUCUAUCUGACCAACUUUACAUAUCUACUCAGGGAACUGUAGCUUCUUCACCAUAUAGCCAACAAUCACAACAGUCAGCAUCUUCCCAAGAGAUGUUGGGACCAUCCAAGUUUGACCAGUGCACACAUAGCCAUAUGUCAUCUGUUCCAGAUAAUUUGGGAAUGUCUCCAUUUGUCCCAAUGAUUACAGGCACAUUGCCACAAACCCCAAUGACUCCAGGACUUUUCUCACAAACACAAACAAGUCCAGUUCCUUCCCCAUCUUUACAAAAAGAUGAUGAAUCUUGCCUAUCUUCACAAGCAAUUCUGGAAGUGAACACAUCAGGGAAGGACACUCUGAAACCUUCACCAACUACUCAAGUUCCUGAGAAAGCUUCACUUUAUACAAAACCCACUUUGGUAAAGCCCACAGGGGCACAGAGUACUGAAGGAUAUCAAGCUUCUAAGUCAGGGACUAAUCAAAGUAUUCAAAAGGAACUAGGUGUUUCUCCACCUGCUCAAAGGCAACUGGUAAUUUCUUUAUCUACACAAGGAACUCUAGGAUCUUGUUCAUCUGACCAAGGGGCUCUGGGGACUUCCCAAUCUGUCCAAGGGUCUCUAAAACUAUCUACACCAGCACAAGGAACUGUAGGAACUCUGGCACCUUCUAAAAGGGCUUUGCAACAUCCAAUUUCUUCCCAGGAGUCUCCAAAAUUUUCUUCAUCUGCCCAACAUACUGUCCAAAGUUCAGCAUCUUUCCCUAGGAUUACAGGACCUUUCCCAUCUAUCCAGAAACCUCAAGGAUCCUUUUUGUCUUCACUAGCACACAGAGAACAUUCACCACUUGCUCCAGGUGCUCAGGAAAAUCCUUUAUCUAAUCCAUGGACUCUAGAACAUUUGCUGUCUUCUAAAGUACCUAAGGAACUCUCCACAGCUACAGAGGAAACUUUGCCUGUCCUAAGUUCUUUGUCAUCUAUCCAAAGGCCUUCAAAACAUUCAGGGGUUUUGAGACAAUACCAAUAUUCCCAGAAUACCUUGCAGCAUUUGUCAUGUGUGAGAGAGGGUGUGGAAACUUCUCAGUCUGCUACAAGGACUAUAGAAGCUUUGCCACCACCUCUAAUGGCUAGAGGACAUUUAACUUCUAUCCAAGGAUCUGAAGAAUCUUUCCUUUCUGGACAAGGGAAUCUAGAACCUUUGAAAGCUGCCCAAGGGCCUCUGAAACAUGUUAUGUCAUCCCAGGAAAUGCUGCAUUCAGCACAAUUUUCUGAAGGAACUCUACAACUUUCUGCACCUUUCCAAGCAGUUCCAGAGCCAUAUACAAAUUCCCCAUCUACCCAAGUGACUAGGAGAACAUUCCCAUCUGUACCAGGGCAUCUGGCUCUCCUGUCAUCAACACAAGCAACUCCACUAUCUUUUUGUUCUGAUGAAAAGACUGUAAGAACUUGUCCAUCAUCACAAGGAACUCUGAAAAUGUCCAAAUCUGCACAAGGGACUCUAGAGUCUUCUGAUUCCCUCGUCACUGGGGAGUUUCUCUUAUCUGCCAAAGGCACAAUGGGAAAUUUGACAUCUGUAAAACAGACUGUAGUACCUUUUACAUCAAUGACAGGACCUCUGAGGUCUAUCCAAAAUACCCAGGUGCUAUUAGGAUCUUUGCAGUCUGGUCAGAGUUCUAUGCAAGUAUCUCAGGCUACAGAAGGGCUUGUGGAUCCUUCUUUAUUUCCCGAAGGGUCUCUGGAAUUAUCUGUGUCUGCACAAGGGACUCCAGUGACACUGAUGUGUAAUCAAGGAACUAGGAAACAUCCUGCUUCAUACCAAACCUCUCAGAAAACUUCUCAGUCUGUGAAAAAUUCUCUACAGCAUCCACCAUCUGUUCCAGGUUUUCUGAAUCCUUCCCAAUCUGAAAAGAGCAAACUAGGAUCUUUGUCCUCUUCUCCAGAGUUUCUAGGAUCUUCACCACCUCAGCAAGUGUGUUCAGGAGAUUCAUUAUCUGUGCAAAGGACUCAUGGAACUUUGAUAUCAGCACAAGAGUUUGUAGGACAUUCAAAAUCUGAUCAAGAGUCUCCAGAAAUUUUCACAUCUUCCCAAGAGGAUUUAGGCCCUUCUUUAGCCCAAGAGGCUUUAGUACAUUCAUCAUCUACUCCACAAGAUUGUGGACUUUCUCAAUCUUCAAAAGAUACUUUAGUAACUCCAAUAUCUACACAAGGUGCUAGGAAAACACCACCAUCUGUCCAAAAGUCUAUAGUAACUGUACCAUCAGCUCAAAGUGUUCUAGGAAUUCAGAGGCCUCUAGGUACUUCCCAAUUUGCUUCAGAGACAUCAGAACCAUCUUCUGAAGAGUUUUAUAGUAUUUUGAAAUCUAUCAAAAGUUCUGUAGAAACUAUGACAUCUAUUUUAGAGAUACUGAGAUUUUCAACAUCUGCCAAAGGUGCAGCAGAUGACCAAGUGAUACUGAGAUCACCAACAGUUUCCCACAGAGCUCUGGAAUUGUCUCCAUCUGACCAACAGUCUGUGAAAUCUGCCUCAUCUCAAUUGGGGCCUGAUAGAACUUCACUGACAGACAAAGGUUUACAGGAAAUGUCUUUGGGUGAAAAAGUGACUUUACGAGAUUCGCCACUACAGCAAAUCUGUUCAGGAAAUGCAUUGUCUACACAAGGGGCUCUAGGACUGUCCAUAUCAGCACAAGAAUCUCUUGGACAUUCAUCAUCUGUUCAUGGUUCUCCUGAUACUUCCUUGUCAUCUGAAGAGGCUUCAGGCACUUGUUUGGACCAAGGGCCUUUAGGACCAUCAUUAUCAUUAUCUGAUCUAGGAUAUCUUGGAUUAUCUGAAUAUUCACAGGGUCCACUAGAAACAUCACCAUCUCCCCAUCACACUCUAGAAAUACCAUCUUCUACCCAUGGGAUUAUAGAAACUUCACCAUCUGCCCAAGAUUCUCUAGGACAUCUGCCUCCUUCAGUGCAGAUUCUACAACAGGCUCCCCUUAUGCCAGAAACAUCAGAACCUUUGUCAUCUACUGAAGAGGCUUGUAGUAUACCAGACUCUUCCCCAGGAACUUCAGAAACUUUUCCACCUACCCCAGGAUCUCUGGAAAUUUCAUUCUCUUCCCAAAGUACUAUGGGACCAUCUGUAUCUGAAAAAGAAAUUUUAGGAGCAUCAGUAGUAUUUCUGGAGGAAUUCCUAGGACCUUUUCCUCCUGACCAAGAGUCUCUGAGACCCACUCCAUCUGCAUCUGGGACUGGGUCACUCUCCCCCUCAGAACAAUGUUGUCAGGAAAUAUCUUCGGGUGUCCAAGGAGAUUCACCAUCUCAGCAAGGCUAUGCAGGAAAUUCAUUGCAUUCACAAGAGGCUCUGGGACUGUCCACAUUAGCACAGGAAUCACUUGGACAUUCACCAUCUGCUCAAGGAUCUUUAGAUACUUCUUUUUCAUCCCAAGAGAGUCUAGGUCCUUCUUUGAACCAUGGGCCUUUAAGACAUUCAUCAUCUGAUCCAGAAAAUCUUGGUAUUUCUGAUUCUGAUCAGGGGACACUAGAAACUCCACCAUUUACCCAAAGCAUUUUAGAAAUAUCAUUUUCUAACAAUGGUGUUACAGAAACUUCAACAACUUCCCAAGAUUCUUUAGAACAUCUGCCUCCUUCAGUGCAGACUCUGCAACCUUCUCUUACACCAGAGACCUCAGAACCUUUGCUAACAGCCAAAGAGGUUUGUAAGACUUCAGAAUCUGUGUCAGGUACUCUAGAAUCUUUUCCAUCGAUGUUAGAGGCUCUGAGACAUUUGAAUUCUGACCAAUGUACUCUGUGUCCUUCAGUAUGUGACCAAGGGACUCUGGAGCCAUCAACACCUCUCCAUGAUACUCUUGAAAACUCCAAAACAUCCCUAGGGGUUCUAGAACCUAUACCAUCUACCCAAGAAGGUGUAGGACCUUUCUUUUCAAUGGAGUUUUUGGGACUGUCCAUUUGUGCACAUGAUGACUUUAUUCCUAUUCCUUCUCAUGAUGACUGCCUGAGAUGUUCCUCUUAUCCCAAUAAAAGUCAUAGAAUUUCCAAUUCUACCAAAAAAAUAGCAAGGCAUGCUCCAUUUCCUGAAGGAAAUAUCAGCUAUUCACUUUCAGAACUUGAGGCCUUAAGAUCAUUGACUUCUGCCAAUGUCAGAAAAGACUCAAGUUCUACAUCUCCUCCUCUUUGGAGUGUCCCACCCCCAGCAUCAUCAGAAUUGAACUUCAGAUCUAGGUCUCCUAACAAAGAAGAUCUCAGAUGUUCUUUCUCUCCACGAGGUGACUCCAGACAUUCAAAAUUGAAGAAAACAAAAUCAAGACAUGCUUCUAAAGAAUCAGACCUCAAAUCUGUCCCAUCAGAAGACAAAGGCUUGAAACUUCACCAUUCUUCCAAAAAGGGAGGCAGAGCUUCUGUUUCUAACAAAGUUGGUGCAAGACUUAAAACUGAUCCCAAAGAGAGCCUCACUACUACUUCUGCCAAGGGAGAUUGUAGAUCCUCACGAUCUGACGAGGAGUGCCUCAGAUAUUCUCCAUCUUCUCAAGGUAUCCCUAGAUGUUCCAGAUCUACUAAAACCAAAUUGGAAGAGGCCUCCUCUAACAAAGCAGAUGUUCAUACUUCCCAUACAGAACAUGAGGGCUCCUUACUUCUACUUCUUCUACCAGGACAAGACUCAGACAUUCCCCUUAUACUCAAGAAGUCAUCAAAACUUCCACUGAAUCCCAAGAAAGCUUCAGGUCAUCUCCAGAUGGAGACAGUCCCAGUGGGAGUGUCAAGUCUUUCUCAUCACCCCAAAACAAUGAUGUCAGACAUCAUGUUUCUACAAAGGAGGACUUUAAACACACUCUUUAUGUCCAAGAGAGACAGAAGCCUUCCACUGGUGCCAGAGAGGGGAGCAGUGCUUGGAUUCCUGUACAAUGGGGACUCAUAUAUUCACCAACUCAAAAGCAGAGUGCUACAUCAUUCUCUAUUGUCCAAGGAAAUUUCAGACAUACCCGACCUCAACUAG